UCAUCAUCAUCACUCUUGUCUGUGUGAGUGAAUGGCGCGCGUGAAGCUCCAUCAGGAAGCAGCAGAGAGUGUUUAAAUCAAUAAAGGUGUGUAUAUAUGGCUGUAAAUGCAGAUAUGCUGCUCCUUCGACUCUCAUGACACACUUAGAUGAACUCUAACUCGUGUUUCAGCAGCACUCAGUCUCUCUCUGAGUGUCAUCAGGAGGAACAGUGCAGAUUGCAUGAAGCCAGAGGAGCACUGAUGUGUUCUUCUCUCUGUCUGUACUGCACAGUCACCAUGGCACACGGCUCUCCUGACGGCUGUUUGGACUCAGAGCUCACCUGUCCCAUCUGUCUCCAUCUCUUCCUCGACCCGGUCACUCUCCCCUGUGCUCACAGUUUCUGUCUGGUUUGUCUGGAGACGCCGGAGAGGGACAACACUUCUGGGUUUGAUCAAGUACUUUGCUGCCCAGUGUGUGGACAGGAACAUCUGAGCCCGGAGUCCCUGCCGAGAAACAUCAAACUGAAACAGAUAGUGGAGAACUACAAAACCAGCAGCAUCAGUGAGCUUCAGUCCAGUGCAAUCAAUGACCAGACGUCUCCAGAAGACGCUGAAGUGUGCACCUCAACAGAUUCUGGGAAAAGCUCUCUGCUGGAGAGUGAAGCCGGUGAACGGAGCUCUAGACUGAAUCCGGUCAUCUCUAGUCUUCAAGAAAAGCUGGCUCUCGUAGAUGAUCUGGCGAGUAAGGAGGAGGCCAGAGAGGCUGCGGUGCGAGCAGCGCACGCGGAUCUGAGGAACGAUGUGAGCGGCGUCCUGGAGGAGAUCUCAGCGCUGGUGAAGAGCUACAGCACGACUGCUCUGAAGCUCCUGGAGGCCGAGUUGAGACCCAGAGAAGAUGCUGUUGGGAAGAGAGCGCGAAUGCUGUCCGAGCUCCAGAAGGAGCUGAGAUCCGCCGAACUCCAGGUCAACGCGUUAACGGACGAGACGGACGACGCUUGUCUUAGUGAUGGCAUCCGAGACGUCGAGAGCCGGGUUUCCGGCGUGACCCUGGAGCCUCCGCAGGACUCCUCCGGCGCUCUGGAGUUAUCCAGCGGUUUGAAGGAAGUCUGUGAGAAGAUCGAGCGCCAAAACACCCAACUCCGUCUCGGACUCGGAUCCGCUCAGCGGGCGCUACGCGUCGUUCUCAACCCAUCCGAGGUCACCUUCGACCCGGACACCAUCCAUCCCAACCUGGUGUUGUCCGAAAACCUCAAAACGGUGAGUUUCAGCGCUGCCAAGCAGCCGUAUCCGGCCAGCUCUCAGAGGUUCUCCAGUUUCUUCCAGGCUUUGAGCUCCCAGAGCUUCGUCCGAGGAGAACACCUCUGGGACUUCCAGGCUGAGGGCUGUGCCUGGGUUCUGGCCGUGUGUUACGGGGAGCUGCCCAGAUCUGGUUCCGGGAGCGGUCUGGAGAGCAGCGCUGGAUCCUGGUGCCUCAUGUACUGUGAUAACCUUCUGAGGGCGUACGAGAAAGGAAAGGACACGCCGCUUAGACGCACGCCGUCUCUGAAGAGAAUGGAGAUACGCCUCAGCUUUAGCUCCGGCACUUUAGCGUUUUACAGCGUCAGCGAUCUGAGUGGAGAUAAAACUCACCUGCACACUUUUAAAGUCGGCUUCGCGCAGCCGGUGUAUCUGGCUGUGAGGAUGAUGUCCGGUCAACCCAAAGCACACAUCACUGUCAGCUAGUGAGUGAAGAAACCACUCGAUUCUGACCGUAUGCAUCGAAUGCUAAAGUUAAUACAUAGACCUUAUUCAUCCGUUCUUCUCCUGUUGUCGUAAUGUUACGAUGCAAUACAUCAUUAAUGUUCACUCACGCACUGAAUGCAUUAUUCUACAAUAGCUUGUCACAUGCAUUAUGUUUGCAGUGUUUAAUUUGAUCAUAUAAAGUCCCUCAGUUCACGUGUGUUGUGUGUUCAGUCGGUUUAAUGCAUGUGAUGUUGCUUUUAAGCAUGUGACAUUUGUUUAACUUCAGUAACACAAGACCACAUGACAUUUAAAACAUUUCUAAUUCUGUUUCUAUGCUGUGCUUUUCUUUUAAAGUGUGUAUUAAAACUUGUUUCUGUCUAAAUUUAAAUAAACAGUGGAAUCUACCUUUUUUUCUAAAUACUGCAUUAUACUGU